AUUCAUUGCUGCUGUGUGCUGGUUUCCCAGUCUGUCUGGUUUUUGUCCGUUGUCCAUCGGUCCAAGGCCUUCCCUUCCUUACUCAUGUCGUCGGCAUUCGACCAUCCAUUCAUUAUCGUUCUGCGGUGUGGACGUUUCGACGAACCGAUAGAUACGCGAUGUGAUGCAUGGAACAAAUUGCGAUUACCAAAUGGACAGUGACCGACUCGGCAGAACCCACCCAUCCCACCCACGAUCGCGUCAGUCAGUGGUCACGUCGCCAGUGUAGCACGGGAAUCCUCACUCUCAUCAUCCCCCUCUUGUCUGGCCUUGUCCUUCCUGUCUCCUCUCUCCCCCUCCCCUUCAUCCCGAUCCUCAUGCUCAUACUCAUCGUCCAGCCCCACCCCACCCCUCUCAGCAGCAGCCCGUCUCGGCCGCACCGUCCCGCCCCCAGUACUACCCGCAGCCCGGCUGUACGCACUCUUCACACGCCACUUCUGCUGCUGCUUCUUCGCAAGCGCCCGCUCUCUCAUCUCCUCGGCAUCCUCGUCCUCAUGCCAAUCACACUCACCACCGCCACCGCCGGCCGAUCCUGCCGCGGCGUCUCGCUUGCUGGCGACGUCGCUCAGGCGCUUCCAGUCGUCUGUGUGUGUUGAGGAGGGCAGCUUAUUGGUGUGGGUGACGGGCGGGGUGAACUCGAUGAACUCCUUGGCUGCGGGGACGAAGGUGGAGACGAUGCGGGCGAGGAAGGACCGGAGGGAGCGGUCCUUGACGGCGUUGAACAAGUCGCGCAGGUGCACUGAAUGAACCGCCCAGCCUGUGGGAAGAGAAGAACGGACAUGCUAGAGUGAGUGGCUGGGUAUGUGAUGUGUGGGCACUUGUGGUCGGUUACUCACUGACCGAGCAGCGACAGCUGCCUUUGCCUGAGCUCUGCUGACGCCAAUGGGCGGCUGGAAGGGGCAACCAAAUCCUAACAAACACACACGACAUAGGGGGGUGCAUCAUUCGCAGGUGUGUGAGUGAGUGUGUAUGCGCUGAUGGUGUGCUGAUUGAUGGUGUGGUGUGAUACGAUCUCACCUGGAAGUUGAGGACGUCGAUGAGGUGCUUCUCGAGUGGGAAUGCCACACUGACGCGAUAGAUGUUCUCCAGCGUGUGGGCAGUCUUGUGCGCAACCUUCAGCUGAGAGAUGAACAAAGCCAACACGUGUCUGUCUAUGGUGUCCGUCUGUGUGUGUCUUUGCGGUGCGUAUGUGCUUACCUGGAUGAGCGUCUCCGACAGCCACUUGUCAUAGUUAUAAUCCUUGACGCGCAAUCGCUUGUCCAUCCUGUAGCCAGCCGUUCCGGUCAGGACCAAUUGGUGCCCCUUCUCCCUCCCUCCCUCUGGCCACCUGUAUUUGGCGCCUCCUUCGUAGACAUAGAGGUCCGCCCUGGGGCACGCCAAGACGUCUUCCAGGAAGGCCACGAGUGCGUCGGAUGCAGGGGGGUCCAGCCCGCUGGGCUUGAGCUUGAGAGCGUGCAGGGCCACCUGCUGCGCAUGCAUCAGCUCCUUCGGCAAUUCAUCCCCGAAACCCCUGAGCGAGCGACAAGAGAGAGAGAAGCAUGCACCAGCAGCUUCGCUUGUAUGCCUUGUGGAUGUGUGUGUAUGUGUGUGACCUGACCUGGCGAUGUCUUCGAGGAGUGGCGUGAGGUACUGCUCCUCGCUGGUGACGACGCACACCCACGCCAGCCGCAGAAGCGCCUCAGCGGCCUCCUUGGCACCAUCCUUCAACACAUCACCGCUGAAGGGGUCGUCCUCACCCUGCCAAUAAUGACCCAUGUACAAACAUGUUUGCCAUUCCUCAGAGGUGUCUGUCUUGUCUUGGUGCUCGUAUACAAGCACCUCACCUGGAUGUGCACGUUGCCCCCGCGGUAUUCGGCCCGCCCGACGGCGGCCUUUUGUUCCGGUGUGCCGUAUCGCUGAGUGAGAAAGUGCACCACCACCGGACGCACCCAAUCCAUCUUGAGACUUUGCUGCACUCACACCACACAACCAACCCCCUACACACAUGCAGUGCAAGCUUAGCUAAGCUAAACUAAGCCAAGCUGUGUUAGUCGCCCCCCAUCCCUCUCACCGACCGACUGCCUCACCUCAGUGAGUGUCCACAAGAGGUAGCAGAGCAUCAGAGGCCUGGGGCGCUCGCCCUCGGUCUCGAUCAGGUGCUGCACCGUGUCGACGAUCUUGUGCACAGAGUCGUCCUCAAACCCAAUCCGGGCACACGCGUAGCACAGCACAAUCAUCGACUGCAGGUCGCUGUCCAGCCGCGCCAGCUGAGCGAGGUUGUCGCUGAUGGCCUUCUGCACACGAGGGCGGCGGUGUAUGUGGGUCCUCACGAGGAGCCGGUCGUCAGCUGGCAGGUACGAGAGGCUUCCGACGAUGCGCAGGAAGUCCUCGGGGUCGCCUGAGCGGAGGAGGGGUGCGAGUUGCCGGAGGAUGACGUUGGUGAGCUGGUCGUCGGUGAUGUUGAGUUCGUGCAUCGCCUCAAAUAGGUCCGCCACAUUCGCUGCCGUGAAACACCUACACACAUCCAGACAUCCACCCACCAAUCCAUUCACCUGUGCGUGUGUGUGCGUGUGACCAUCUCACUGACCACCAGGUUCUGAUGCGUUGUCGGAUGGCGGUGAGUAGCUGGUCGAUGAGUGUGGGGCUCCUGAGGUUGUUAGGGCACUUGGUGAGUACGUGUAGGAUCUGCACGCAGUCCUCAGCGAAGAUGCUCUGGACCUUCUUGCUCGUCAGCUCCAGCAGCGCAGGCACCACGGGGUGCGACAGGUACUCGGCCUCGUACAGACCCACCAGCGUCUGCACUAUGUUCUCAGGGUACAACACGUGCUUGCGCUCCAAGAUCUCCAGGACAGACAUGAAUGACCACACGCAACACACACACACAUCGAUGCGUCCAGAGGAGACUCACCCCCUCUCCCCCCCCCCCUCUCCCCAUCCACACAGACAAGACAGACAGACAGACAGACCGACUCACCUGGUCGCAUAAAGCGCUGUAGAGCUUUGCGUCGGUGACGCCUGCCGCACCGAAGCCGUAGACAGCGCGGGAGAGCUGCAGGGGUGAGAAGGUGCCGACUAGCUUGAGGGCCUGCUGCUUGAGUCCGGCGAAGAGCUCCUUGUGUGCGAACUCCGCCUGUGCGAGGGCCAUGGCGACGCUUGAGAUGUCGUGGGCCGUGAACUGCUUGACCUUGGGCAACAUCGAGGCGGCAAGGUCCGAGAACAGAUCCGGGUCAGAUACGCCUGCAGGACACACAACACACGCACCCAGAGAGAGAUGGCAUGGAUGAGAUGGGUUGGCCCUUGUUGUGUUGCAUCUGUGUAAACAAACGCUCGAGCGUGGUACCAGCAUUUGCAUACGCCCACGCGACGGUGCAGAGGUCCCUGGCUGCCAGGUCCAGCAUGAACGACCGGAUGGUGGGCGAGAUGGUGAACUUGAAGAGCUCCUCGUCGGCCUCCUCCACCCUGCUCAUGGCCCAGGUCAGCUGCACCACGUCGCGCACCGUGCACUGCUCCACCUGCCGCUCCAGAGACCGGCGGAUCUUCUUGAACAGACUGGGGUCGGUGUAGGACAUGCUGGCGAAGGCGUGGGCCACCCCGGCGAUCUCCUGCAUGGAGAACUGGUCCAUCCCCUUCUGCACCUUCUGCGACAGCUGCGCGAACAGAUGGGGGUCCCGCACAUCCAGCUUGGCCAGCGCCGAGCACACCACUGUCAGGUCGAGGGGCGUCUUGAACUCCUCAUACCGAUACUUGACGGCCUCGACGAGCUGCUCCUUGAGCGGCAUGGCCUCCUUGAUGGCGAACGACAGCUUUGAGAGGCAGAAGAGUGCGGUGCUGAGGUGCUGGCCCUCGAACUUGGGCACGUGCUGCGUGCACUGCACCAUCAGUGACGGCAGCCACUUGGGGGCGUGCUCAAGCUUGACCAGACCCCAGAACAGGUUCACCAGCCCUUGCGGCCCAAGGUGCACCAGCAUCCUCUCGGCAGCGACCAGCAGCUCCACGAACCGCUCGUCCUUGACGAUCGUCUGCCGCUGGUACGGAGUGACGUAGCGCCCCAGCCGAUGGACGGCCGUCGUCACGUUGACCUCGUCCAUGUGCCCGAUGUUGCCGCCCACAGUGGUGAGGAUGGCCGCGACGCUCCUGGCCUUGACGAGCUCCUGCUGCACCUGCAGCCGCUCGGGAGCCAUGUUCAUCCACGUCUCCACCGGCAGCUUGGUCGCCGCACGAACCAGCUCCGCGGGGGAGUGGGCGUCCACCUCCGUCGGCGGCGCCGUCACGUCGGCUUCGUCGCCAUGGCGAGCGGGAGAAGUGUCGCCCUGGCCGAAGAGCAUGGCACGGAUCUUGGCCUUCUCCUCUUUCUCUGACAGAGACGGCUCCUGCCCGAUGUCGUCAAUCAGCGCGCUGCCUCGCACCAUCCUCAGCUGCCCGUGGUCAUCCCUCUCGCCGAGCCGGUCCAUGGCCUCUGCAGCAGGCUUCUGCAGGGGCCCGGUCGUGGCAUUGCUCUCGUGUGUCGCCUCUUCUUUGGCCGCUGCUGCUGAGUAGAUUGAUGCGUCGCUGGAGGUCUCUGCCUCCAGCUGAGAGAGGGAGGCCAGGUCGAGAGCAGACCCAGGGGUGGUCUUGCCCCUGGUGCUGUGGCUGUGCUGUGCCGCCCGGUCCUCCUUGUCCCAACUGGGUACGCCCUUCAUGCUGCCGCCCGAGGGGAAGAGGUCCCCCUCCCCUCCCUCCCCCUCGUCGAUGGCCGGCAGCCUCCUGCCGUCGGCCUUGUCCUUGUGCCUGGCCUUCUCCUCCUUCCUCCUCAGCUGCCUCGCUGCCAGGCUCUCCCGCGUCUUGGCCACCUUGUGCAGCUCCUUCUCCCUGAUCUCCUCCCAAAACGUCUUCUGGUACAGCGGCUCGUCUGUCUUGAGGUCGCGCAGAGAGAAGCGCGACUUGCCCUUGUUGCGCCGGCCGGCAUCUUUGUCCAUCUCCUUGAGCGGCAGAUCGUCCUCGUCUGCCUGGCUCAUCGUGGACUUGCCGGCCUUGCGCUCCAGCCGCCCCCCCUUGCCCCUCCUCGGCAUGGCCUCGGCCUCCACCUCCUCUGUGGACUUGAAGAGAGUGCUGGGGUGUGCCCCGUAGCGCAUCUUCCGGCGGAAGCUGGAGCUGGUCUCCUCUCGGAUGAUGGACGUGUACGAUGCAGGCGUGUAGGAUGGUUCGUCGUACUCAUCCCUGCCGACCUCCCCCUCCUCAAAGGACUCCUCGAAGGCCUUGGCACGGUCACCAGCGCCGCCCGCACUUGACGACAUGCCUGCCGCUGCAAGCCGGACAUGCUGCAAGGCCGGGAUGGAUGAGGGCUGAGACGGGCUGCCGGAGAGAGCCACGCGAUGAAUGAAGGAGGGGAGGGGAGUGGUUGCAUGGCGAGCACUGCACUCGGCGCCGGCUGGAUCUGUAGUUUGUGCCAGUGGUCUUGGGCGCCGCAGGUUGCCGCGAUGAAUGCGGGAUGAAAGCUUUGACGGGAUCAUGAAACGAAACCCCUGGAUGUUGACCAGCUGGGCUCCCUAGCCCCUACAGCCUCACCAAAAGAGCCAGAUCUUCGCUCUCUAGCUCGAAGAGAG